AUGUCUCAACCCAGCCCGCUUCCGGGCCCCACGCCCACCGCGACAGCGUCCUCAUCUCAAUCUCUCUCCUCCCAGAUCGACCUGCUGGUGGCCCUCCACCUCUGGUCCUGGCCGGCCUUGACCCUCGCGAUCCAAAACGCCUGGGGCGGCUCCCCCGAGGUCUCCAAGGACAAGCGGGACUGGUUCGCCGGCGCCGUGUCGGAACUGCUCACGUCGACGCCCCCGCAACUGGCCGACGUCGGCGACCUGGAAGAGGUGCUCAUCCAGGUCAUGCUGGACGAGUUCGAGGUCGUGGUCGACGACGGCAGCGCCGAAGAGACGGCCGCCAAGAUCUGGAGCGGCGCCACGAAAUUGGGCGCGGGAGACGUCUCGGAAUUGAUCGACCUCUACGCAAAGUGGCAGGAGAAGCAGAAAGACGGAGGUGGUGACAAGGUCGUUGGUAUCGUCAGGGGGGAGGACAAGGAUGCGGAAGAGACGGAUUGGGACGAUGACGAUGAUGAUGAGGAAGACGAGGAAGAGUGGAAUGGGUUCCCUGAUCGAGCAGACGUGCAGAUGGAUGAUGCGCCGCCGUCACUCAUUGACAUUGACUGGAAACCGAAGCAGAAGCCCGAGCCCGAGGUGGACGAAGACGGGUUUACAAAGGUUGUGGGCAAGAAGAAAAGAUGA